AUGAGUACAAGGUAUAAGAGUACCCGAAGUGAAGGGGAAUGGACGACGACGAGCACAAACCCGGGCGACGGUGGCGGCGCGUCCUCGAGGCGAAUCACGUCGACGUACACGGACUUGUUGACGAUUUCGCGGCCAUUUCUGCCAACGUCGAGCGUCAAAUUACUCUGGAUGGAGACCGUCGCUGAAGAGACGUCGUCAGGGAGGACGUCGCCUGUCAUGCAUACCCUCGUCGACCUUCCACCGUCGCUCAUCGACCUCAUCUCUGCAUCGGACCCGACGCCGGCGGCGCAGUCCUACCUCUCCUACAUAUCCUCUCUUGAUCUGCCAACGCUCUUACAGGAGCCAAGCCAGCUGACGACUGAGUCGGCGACGAUCACCAGCGAGCUCACUGGUCUGUGUCAAAGGGAAUACCGGACGUUCCUCUCUGUUCAUCAGACGACGACAUCGCUCUCAUCCUCCCUCGGCUCGCUCUCAUCCUCACUCACAUCUCUGCUCGAUGAACUCCCAGCGUUGGACACCCAAUGUCGUGCCUUUGCCGACCAGACCAAAAUUCUCCAGGCAUCGCGUCAGCGUGCCACCCUUGUCCUCGAGCAAUCCGACAAGCUGCUGGACAUCCUCGAGAUCCCCCAACUGCUCGACACCUGCGUCCGCAACGGACAUUACCAAGAAGCAUUGGAUCUUUCCGCUCAUGCCACUUCCCUUCUCAAGCGGUUUCCCUCUGUCCAGGUCGUGCGUGACGUAGCCGCCGAAGUAGACGCGACGAUGCGACAGAUGCUCAUCCAGCUGCUGCAUGUCCUUCGCGAGCCUGCGAAGCUCCCAAAUCUCUUCAAGGCCAUCAAUUUCUUACGACGAAUGCAACCUGCGCCGCUCACAGAACCCGAGCUCGCACUCGCCUUUCUUACUUCAAGGAUGUCGAUGCUCUCCGCCUCCCUGCACGCACUCGAACCAGAACGCUCCGUCGACCCGGCACGCUAUGUGCGCAAAUACGUAGACGCGUUCCGUGAAGGCGCAUACGACAUCCUCACGCAGUACACCACGAUCUUCCUCGACCGACCCUCGGCGAAUAAGACACCAGAGCUGCAGGACUACCUCACAUCCUUCUCCCAUCACCUGCUGUCCACGCUCAUCGGCACCCUUGAGACUGCCCUACCUCUGGUAGAGGACGCAAGCGCACUCAGCUCCCUCCUCACCCAGCUGUCGUACUGCUCCGCGUCCUUCGCUCGAAUAGGACUCGACUUCCGUGCCCUCCUCGCCCCUCUGUUCGAACAAGCCGUCCUCUCCGCUACCCAACGCUCCUUGCACCGAGCCGACAGCACGCUGUCCACCUCCCUCACCGCAGCAGGCAAGUCCGCCCGGCCGCCGUCCACAUUCCUCCUUGCGUUCGAUGCCCCUGAAUCCCUGUUUAAUACUCACACGCACGCGCACACGUUCACUCCACAAAACCCGCCUGCGUACCUCGCUUCUCUCCCACCACUGGCGACGUACCUCAACUCCCAGCUAACGACACUCAACUCUCUUCGCCUACUCGCCCCAUCCGCACUCCUCUCCCCGCUACUGGAAGCACUCGACGCUUCCCUCUGCGCGUCCUCUACCGCUCUCCUCACCUUCUGCCGCUCGGCAUGGGGGACCGUCACCCGCCGGACCAGCUUCGAAAUAGACGACUCCGAACGAGAAAAACAGAGAGAGAGGGAUAAGAAAGUGCUUUUGCUUGUUGGCCGCGCAUGGGUGGACGCUCUAGGCCCGUUCUUAAGGACAGGCCUGGUAAAGGGGGUGUAUGGCCGAGAAGAGGCAGAGGAGAGUGAGAGCUGGACGAGGGCUAAGGAGGAGUGGGACACUUGGUGGGAUGAGAUUGGCGAGCGUAGACGGGCUAGCAUCAACGGCGUGGUCGAGGAGGAGAGGUCCCCUCAUGAAUCCUACGAUACCAAAGGUUCCAUUUAG